UGCGACCCAGGGUUUGGGGACUGGUUCCGGGGUUAGCGAAUUUGCCUCUCGGCUCAGUGAUUGGCCGCCGAUAGCUUCUAGAACCAAUCGGGGAAGGCCAUGGCCCUGGCACGCCAGUGUUUGGCUGGCGCUGUCAUGUUUAAAACCGGCGGGACAGUCCCGAAGCCUCAUCGUCACUGGCAGCAGUGUCACGCAGCCUUUCCCGUUCAAUCGACAAUCAAACAUCCCUCGAUCCUCGACAUCCCCGACCCCGUGAAUGGCCGCAGACGAUCGGCAGAUAGCAAAUGUUUCUCGGACUGGAUUCCCACAUCGACCGCCACGAACUUCGAAACUUUUCGGAUCUGGCUUUGUCGCGAUCGUCGCUGAGUCUGGGGACUUGAAGUGAGGAGGAUUGGCAGAUUGGCAGCCAGGAUGAUGGAAAUUGCGACCACCACGCGCGUGUCGCCGCCGCCUGCUCGUCGGGGACGGCGCGAAAAGCCAUGGCCGGCUGAGAAGCAGAAGAAGCUGCUGCGGCUCUAUAUCUGCACGCAGAGCGAGCGGCUGCCGUUGGUGCGAAUUCUCGAGCUUCUGAAAGACGGCACCUUCGAUCCGAGGCAGCGUAACACACACAAGCACUUGAAAAACCUCCUUCCCGACCGUAGGAUCGACGACUGGAGACCGAGGGAUCUGGCCACCAUGCUGGUUCGGGUGCGGUUUCUGCGGUCGGUGCGCGAGGAACGCCGAAUGAGGGUCAGUAAGGCUCGCCGGCGGCUCGAAGUAGCGCGAUCGCGAGGUUUCUUUGUCGACGAUUCUCCCAGGAUACCAAUGAUACCAAUGCAGAUCGAUCAUUAUCCACGCCCGGUCCACUUGGCCGAAACUCCCACCACAAUCAAGCAGUCCGACUCGCCAGGAUCGACCCCACCCGGCAACAGCACUGACGCGACAGCGACUCCUGACGCGUAUCGCAGAGAUAAGUCGCCAUCCCGAGCAUCCUCAACAUCUCCAUCCACAAAAUCAGCCAAGCGUAGGUCGUGGGCUUCGGUGCUGUCCAGCAUCUCGUCGGGAAUCUCUAGUCUGGCACGGACUUCGUCGUCGGCGUCAUCCAAGCAUGUCAACUUGAAUGGAGCCGGGCCGAGUACGGCACUCAGCAAUAUGUCUCGGGAAAUGUUUCUCGCCCAUCUUCAAGACAAGCCCCGAAAGCCUUUCCUGGGCACGGGCAUACCAUCUGGCAGCUUGUUUAAAUCCAAAUUCUCAACGGUCAACCCCACAGACAAAGAGCUGAACACCGCCUUGCUACAAAUGUGCUGUUCUGCAUAUGCGGGCACUGAUUCGGACUCGUGCGUACAUGGGAGGUUAUCGAGGGCGAUCGUCGCUCAAAAGAAUGAGGGAGCCGAUUUCCGGCACUUCUUUGUCACCGACCAAGAGGCAAACAUGGUGGACAAGUAUGGCAACUCGCUGCUUCACGUAGCUGCUCGAUGGGGCGCCCGCAUCUCCCUUCUGCUGCUGAUUCUCCGUCAUACGGAUGAUGCCCAGAUGGUUAACCACCGCGGUGAGACGUUCCUUCACGUGUACCACCCUCCAGAAUCUCCACGUAUGAGACCCGUCUCAUUCCUCAACCUCAUUCGAAAGUUGAGGUCCCAGGGGUACGACUUCUGCCUCCGGGAUGUCGACAAGAACACCUUCCUCCAACACCUCGUCGCGAAGAAAGAGUUUCCCAUCGAGACGCUGUACUACGUCUUCAGGGAAGUCGGCCAUGGGGCGGCCCGGUUCCUGGUUGCAAACAGGUCUGCAGAUGGUGAGCGUCUGUGGCACAGCAUUCGUAAGAAUCUGGAACAGGCGUGCCCAAAACUGCACCGCAUCUUUGGUGACGAAGUGGAAUUUAUCCGGCGCUAUCUCCCAGAGUUCUCCGACUCAAGGGCACCACCCUCCACCGCCGACACAUCGACAUGCGGAUCCGACAGUCUGAUAUCACUGCACCCGGCCGACACGAGCCUAGACCCAAACGACAGCAGCGCACAAGCCGUGCGACGGACUCCGUUGAUGAAGCUGCUCCGCCGGGCUGCAGCGGGGAGAGGCUUUACUGAGAAGGAGCUAAGCGCCAAGCUAGAGGGCAUUUUUGACGCAACCUCGAAGCAAGAAGGGUUUGAUCUCCACGCUUUCCUCGCACAGCGUGAUACCGAGGGAAACACGGCGCUGCACUACGCAGCCGAGUUUGGUAUUGUCACGGCGGUACAGGUGCUCUGCGCCAAGGGCUGCAGCGUCAACGUCUUCAACAACUGCGGCAACACGCCGCUCCAGCUGGUCAAGUACGCCAUCCAGCGGACCGAUGUUCGCUCCGACAUCCACAUGGAAGCGAGGUACCUCCGCUGCGCGGUGCUCCUGCUUGAACGGGGAGCUUUCGACCAGACCAAGCUUGUCAGCGAGCGGUCCAUGAUUUUUCCCUAUGACGUCUUUGAUGGGAGCGAGCGGUCCAUCAACAACCUGGUCAAGCAGGGCGUGGCUACCCCUUGCAGGGGCCUUCACCUGCUUACGUCGUCGGUCAAGCAUCAUGCCCCCUACUUUGAGGGCUACGAGCACAGCUGUCAUCAUCAGCAGGGGGUACAUCAGUCGGAGUCGAUGUCGAUGACGUUCCAAACGUCGGUUCUUUAAAAACUAACUCUUUUAACCUAUUUUCGGUUUGUACAAGUACAUCUUCUCUAUCAACUGUGCGGUUGGGCGGUGCAUGGCGAUACCGGGGGGUUUUCUCAUCGAGUUAGCGGGCGAGGCGUUGAGAGCAUCUGCUGGUUGGUGGUGAGGUUGGCUGUCGACUCACGUUUAUUCCCCUUGUUUGUUUAAUGGUUGAGGGAGCGGACUGCCAGGUUUGGCGGUUACUAUUACUAUAUGCUUGGUUGUCUCCUUUUUUUACAAGUCUCUGCCCCUUCAAGUUACAGAAGGAGUCUAGCCGAGGCUUUGGCCGUCUUGAGGGGCCAGGUUGGCGUUGUGAUGGUUGUUAGUCUCAAGAAAACCACCAAAUUCAUCGCAUCUUUUGAUGAUCUCUGUCCCCGGGAUUCACCCACGGCAUUGAACCGUCUUCUGGUGUGAUUCCUUGAGGGGAGGA